CCGAGAGGAUGCCAUGGGCUGCUGGCAGGACACACUAUUGCCCUGGCCGAGAGGGCAACAGCACCCACACCCCUCUUCGCCGCCGUCGUCCGCUCUCCCAAGAGCACAACCACUCCAGCCUCGAUCUGUGCGCCGCAGAACCAAGCUCUAGUCGAACACCCACUGCUUCUCAGCCGACAUGCCUGUUCGCAUCAAUCUCGGGCCUCUCAGAAGCCUCGUCGCCAUCGGCCGCGCUGCCCCGGUUGCGGCGACUCGCCGGCUGCUCACCAGCGCCCCGCAAAAGUGGGACCGGGAAUACUUCUAUCACGUCGAUUGCCACGGCCAGCUGUUCCUGGAAGACAUAACCCACAAGAACUUUACGACAUGCUUCAAGAACAGAGAGUUUCUCAACUUUUUCUACGCGCGGCUCCAGCCCAACACCAUCCAGCGCAGCUUGGACCGCGACGGCAAGACCGUGGAGUAUCCCUUUAUCAGUCCCUGCGGCCGAGAGAUGAACUUUGUCACGGUCGAAGACUCUCCAAUUGUGUUUUACGAUAUCGACAUGGAGCGAGACCAGCUCAAGUGGGGAGGCAGCUUCGAGUCCCCCUUCGAGCCUGCAGUUCUCUAUCUCUCCAACCAGGGUCGGCUCUACCAUCCAUCGCCCAAAGCAGAGCUAUACACCGUCUUCCAGAAGGAAGGCGAGUUGAUCGAGUACCCGCCUCUGACGCUGAUCCGGUCGUCGGUGGUCUCGCGGAUCUUUGGCGAAAGCAUGGACUGGGAGAACUUGGAACUCACAUGGAAGGGCAAAGUGUUCCCUGUCAAGACGCUGCCGUGGUAGAUGCCGGAUGCACUGAGGUCCUCAGAUAGGUGGGAUCGGGCUGCCUCUUGCCGGAUACCACUCGGCCGCACAGCUGCAUUUCUCAAUCUUUUGAAUAUGCCCCUCUGUCUGUUGCGCAUUGCUGUGAUCCAUUUGUCUCGCCCGAGUUGGUACUGUUUCAGCAAUGGAUAUGUCCGCAUGAGCCAUGCCAACACGACUUCCAUCUCAUACGA